CAUUGUUACUCCCUACUAGUCGCCACCCCAUUUGCAUGUGAAUUGUGAAUUGUGAAAUUCUCCCUCCCAUUUUCAUUCCCUUCAUUUUCCUCCUCACCAGUCACCCCCUUUGCAUUUUCAAGAAGAAACAGAGUAACCAUACAUAACCAACUCUCAUCAUGGCAGUUGAAACUCCUCACAUGAAUACUCUCCUUCAGUUACUCACAAACAGAGAAAUGUUCAAUCUCAACAACAACAAUCACUUUUUCUACAACCCCCAAAUGGCCAUGGAUGGUUCCUCAGUUCCUCUCUCUUCUUCACCCUUCUGGGAUCCAACCUCCAUCAACAAAGCUGUUACCGGAAGGAAGCGACCCAGAGACAACAACAACAACAACAACUCCAUCGCUGAAUCACCAUUUCUUGACCAAAACCUUCAGUAUCAAAUCCACACCCACCAAUCCGAGAUCGAUCGAUUCAUCGCUCAACAUACGGAGAAAAUGCUGAAGGAGUUAGAAGAGCAACAACUGCGUCAAUCAAGAGCGUUACUCUCGGCGGUUCAAGAAGCAAUGUUGAAGAAGAUGAAGGAGAAAGACGACGAGAUUCAGAAACUCGCUAAGGUGAAUUUCGUCCUGCAUGAAAGAGUGAACAGCCUCUGCGAGGAGAAUCAGAUUUGGAGGGAGCUAGCACAGGCGCAUGAAGCCGCCGUGAUUUCCCUGCGUUCCGACUUGGAACAGGUGCUGGCGCACGUUAGUGAUAGCCACCGCGGCGCGGCGGCGGAGGAGGAAGAUGAUGCUGAGUCGAGUUGCGGCAGCAACCACCACCGUGAGGAGGAGGAGGAGGAAAACGAGGCGGUGGGGAAUUUGUGCAGGGAGUGUGGGGCCCAGGAAUCGGGAGUACUGUUACUGCCAUGUAGGCAUUUGUGUCUGUGUACGACGUGUGGGUCCACCGUUCGUAAUUGCCCUCUUUGUCAUUCUGCCAUCAAUGCUAGCGUACAUGUCAAUUUCUCUUAGAAAUUUAGAAAUUUACAUUUUCCAUAUUGGAUUUUACACCAUCCAAUAACUAGACUUGUUACUAGUAGUUGUUAGCAAAAGAAAACAAAUUGACUUUACAAUUCUUUUGUUAUUAAUAUAGAUAUAUUUUUUUUU